UAGGCCUGCAGGUGCACGGGUCGCGGGACCCGGGCGAAGGUUCCCUACCUGGCCUUCAGUAGGGGUCAAGACGCAGGCGUCUGCGCCAAGUGGGGAGCAAAGCCGGGCUCGGCCCGAGUCCCCCAGGACCUCUAUCUCCCAAUGUCCGAGGAAUCUGACACGUGACCGUCGGACCUCCGGCUCAGAGAGAGGAGCCCUGUAAGCGCCAUGGCUCCGGAGGCGGCGCCCCUCUUUCCCUCUCUGCUUCUGCUGCUCCUGUCGCUGCUGCCCCAGGCAGACACUCGGUCGUUCGUAGUGGAUCGGGAACAUGACAGGUUCCUCCUGGACGGGGUCCCCUUCCGCUACGUGUCUGGCAGCCUGCACUACUUCCGGGUACCGCGGGUGCUUUGGGCAGAUCGGCUUUACAAGAUGCGGAUGAGCGGCCUCAACGCCGUGCAGUUUUAUGUGCCCUGGAACUACCAUGAGCCAGAACCUGGGGUCUAUAACUUUAAUGGCAGCCGGGACCUCAUUGCCUUUCUGAAUGAGGCAUCUGUAGCGGACCUGUUGGUCAUACUGAGACCAGGACCUUACAUCUGUGCAGAGUGGGAGAUGGGGGGUCUCCCGUCCUGGUUGCUUCGAAAACCUAAUAUUCAUCUGAGAACCUCAGAUCCAGAUUUCCUUGCUGCAGUGGAUUCCUGGUUCAAGGUCUUGCUGCCCAAGAUAUAUCCAUUUCUCUACCACAAUGGGGGCAACAUCAUUAGCAUUCAGGUGGAAAAUGAGUAUGGUAGCUACAAGGCCUGUGACUUCCAUUACAUGAGGCACCUGGCGGGGCUCUUCCGCGCACUGCUAGGGGACAAGAUUUUGCUCUUCACCACAGAUGGGCCCGAAGGACUCAAAUGCGGCUCCCUCCAUGGACUCUACACCACCGUAGAUUUUGGCCCAGCUGACAACAUGACCAGAAUCUUCACUCUGCUUCGGAAGUACGAACCCCGUGGCCCACUGGUGAACUCUGAGUACUACACAGGCUGGCUGGAUUACUGGGGCCAGAACCACUCUACACGCUCUGUUCUAGCUGUAACCAAAGGCCUGGAAAACAUGCUCAACUUGGGAGCCAGUGUCAACAUGUACAUGUUCCAUGGCGGCACCAACUUUGGAUACUGGAAUGGCGCUGAUGAGAAGGGCCGCUUCCUUCCGAUUACCACCAGCUACGACUAUGACGCGCCCAUAUCUGAAGCAGGAGACCCCACACCUAAGCUCUUUGCUCUUCGAAAUGUCAUCAGCAAGUUCCAGGAAGUUCCCUUGGGACCUUUACCUCCACCGAGCCCCAAGAUGACACUUGGACCUUUGACUCUCUAUCUGGAUGGGGAGUUGCUGGCUUUCCUAGAUUUCCUGUGUCCUGAAGGGCCCAUCCAUUCAGUCUUGCCAUUGAGCUUUGAGGCUGUCAGGCAGGACCACGGCUUCAUGUUGUAUCGGACCUAUCUGACCCAUACCAUUUUUGAGCCAACACCACUCUGGGUGCCAAAUAAUGGAGUCCACGACCGUGCCUAUGUUAUGGUGGAUGGGGUGUUCCAGGGUGUUUUAGAACGAAAUAUGAAACACCAGCUAUUUUUGGUGGGGGAAAUGGGGGCCAGACUGGAUAUCUUGCUGGAGAACAUGGGGAGACUCAGUUUCGGAUCUAACAGCAGUGACUUCAAGGGCCUGUUACAGCCACCAGUUCUGGGGCAAGUAAUGCUUACCCAGUGGAUGAUGUUCCCUCUGAAAGUUGAUAACCUUGUAAAGUGGUGGUUCCCCCUUCACUUACUGAAAAGCACAAAACCUCAAACUCCCUCUGGCCCCACCUUCUACUCUACAACGUUUCCAAUUGCAGGCCCACUUGGGGACACAUUCCUCUAUCUCCCUGGAUGGACCAAGGGCCAAGUCUGGAUCAAUGGGUUUAACUUGGGCCGGUACUGGACAAAACAGGGGCCACAAGAGACCCUCUAUGUGCCAAGACCCCUGCUGCUUCCUAGGGGAGCCAUCAACAAAAUUACAUUGCUGGAGCUAGAAAACGUGCCGCCCGAGCCCCAGAUCCAGUUUUUGGAUUGGCCCAUCCUCAACAGCACCGUGCACAGGACAUACAUCUACUCUCUCUCUGCUGAGGCACAGAGCGCCUCGGAACCAAUGCAGUUAAGUGGGCACUGAAAGGAAAGGGAGCCCUUGGGCCUGGGACAUGGAGCGGGCAGGAUCCUUUGCUGGCCACAGUGACCACAAGGAGCCAAGGGCCAGAAUGCCUCUGAGUGUGAGUACGAGUGCCGUUUCCUUGCCAAACUUUAUUGUGAUUAAAGUUCCAGAGACAGCAGCAGCUCCACACACCUCUGUGGCCCCGUCCUUGCCCUGGUCCCGAGUCCCUCCCCCUAAUUCUCUGAAUACUCUCUGGCUUCAUGGGGAAGAAGAAACAGGGCUGAUGUGAAUAUGCCCUCCCAGAGUUGGCCCCAGGUGGAGCUAUAAGCCAUCAGGAAGAGGGCUUCCCUGCCCGACUGCGAUGAUCCUGGAGGCAGCGUGUGGAGCAGAAAGAGAAGUCGAGGUAGUGAAAGGGAACGAGGCCUUGGAGGGAUGCCCCACAGCUCCAACAGCGUCUGCACAAGAGGAAGAAAAACAGUUGCACAGGUAGCCUAGAACCUUCCAGGGCAGUCCAACCUCCCCCUGCCGUUUGUUUUUGCUCCAAAGAUGCCCAGAACAUCUAAUUCCCUCAGCAACUCUUCUGCAUGUCAUGUAGGCACUCGCUGCGCUUGCCCUAAGUGGUCCCCGUGUGGGAGUCUGCCCACGCCCACCUGCCCAGGCGCUCAGCCCCCUGCCCCCUACCGGGCGUUGACAACCGCAGGGUCAGGAGUCGCAGGGCUAGGGGCUCCCAACUGCGCAGCGAGUCGGCGCUCUGCAGCCAGAGCUCUCUGAGAGAAAGCAGAGUCACGUUAAAGAGGAGGCCUCGUCGGGCACAGCGGCCGCAGGAAGCGUCAGCAGCACUCCGCGGGAGGGGUGGGGCCGGCAGGGAGGAGCAUGGGGAGCAGCCCCUCCAGCCGCACCUUCUCUCGGUCGCUAAGGGCGGCGAAUCGCAGCUGCUCUUCCCGCUCCCUCUGCUCCUCCGCCUGCCGCUGCCGCCGCUGGUCCUCCCGCUGCCGCCGGGCUGCCUUCUGCUCCCUCUUGCGGGCAGCCCGCUGGGCCUCCAUCUCCGCAGUCAGCGGCCCCGGCACCUGGAGGAUUUCCAGAAGGUACUAGAUGAGACCCACAGAAGCCGUCCUUUGUCAAACCGCCAGGAAGCAGACACUCCAGCUGGGCUCUGCGAGGCCUUCCCAUGCUGCACUUCCCUACCUGGGCCUUGUGGUAGUCACAGGCGUCCGGAUUCUUCUCCAUGAACCUUCGGAACUCAUUACGCGUUGGUUUGUCAGCUGCUACAGCGUAAGGCGGCCGGGCCCGCGAAUCCCUGUGUGCAAGAACCCAGAAAAACAGGUUCUGUUUGCCUCCUGCCUGGCCUAACAUUGCCCAAGCAGAUGGAGGGAAUGCUGAAGAGUGGCCAAUGCCAACAUCUGCCUCCAGAUUCUCUUCUCUUUGCUCAAAGCGGCUCAGGGCGGGGACCUUUACUUACUGCACAGAGGGGUCAGCACCUGCCUCCAGCAGCAGACGAACUACCGCGCCUCUGCCGGCAGCAGCUGCGGCAUGCAGAAGAGUAGAGCCUCCGGGGCCCAAGGGGGCACUGAGCAGAGAGCUAACCGCAGGGUCUGCGGGGCCGGCAGCUAACUGCAGCGUCAGCAGUCCAACAUCUCCCGCCCGGCAGGCAGCCAGAAGCCCAGCCCAGAGGUCUGGCUGACCAGGGGCCUUGGCUUCAUCCGGCGAAGGCUCCCGGGAGGCUGACUGCAAGAGCCCAUCCUCUUGAGGUUCCUGGAGAAGAGCCUCCUGGUCUCGACUUCUCUCCUUCUUAUUCCUUUUUCUCCUCCUCCGCUUGGGCAACACCUCAAACUCGCGAAGAUCCAAGGUCCCCAGUGUCAGCUCCACUAGUUCCAGCUCUACCUGGGAGCCAUCCUCUUCCUCUGACCCUGAACCUGGGGGAAAGUCUGACAUGUCAGAUCCAUCUAAGGGAUGAGCAGAGGGUGGAAGGACAUGGGCUGCCUCAGGUGCAUAACAGUGUCUAUAAAGAGAUAAUUCAGAUCA